GGGAGGAGAGCAGAGCGGGAGAUAGAGAAAGAUACCAGGAGAGUGAUGGUCUGCACUCUUAUCCAAACAGGGAGAGCAACAGAGAGUUGGCAAGAUGAGCAGCACACCACUAAACAUGGAUGGAUAAGAGAAGAAGGGAAACAAAGGAAGGAAAGAAAAAUCCUACCUAUAUCUCUGUCAGGAUAACCUCUGUGGACUUAUUCUUCUCUGUCUGAGACCCAAAAAGACCAUCUGUCACUAGUGUGACCCUUGUAUAUUCACCAGUAUUUAACGCUAAUUGGAUUAUUGCUUUAUAGAGCACAAGAUAAACCAGCAAUUUGCCUCAGUCGACCUAGACUGUUGUAGAGGUGGAAGGAGAGGGGACAGCGUGGUGAAUGGACCAGCUCCGGAGCAUCUGUGUUUACCCUGCAUGGAUAAUGCAUAUCCUUCCCCACCUGGAACAAGAAGCCGCCAUGAGCAACGUCACAGUCACCGACAACACUGAACCUAUCAGCCGUACCAUGAGUAUGGCAACCCCCAGCCCCUAUCCUUAUCCUGUUAGUUUUCAGGUCUCUCUGACUGGCUUCCUCAUGCUGGAAAUCCUUCUGGGCCUGAGCUCUAACCUCACUGUGCUUGCCCUCUACUGUAUGAAGUCGAACCUCAUUAGCUCUGUCAGUAACAUCGUCACUAUGAACCUCCAUGUGUUGGAUGUGUUGGUUUGUGUGUGCUGCAUCCCUCUUACAAUAGUGGUGGUGCUGCUCUCCCUAGACAGAGACACAGCCCUUGUCUGCUGCUUCCAUGAAGCCUGUGUUUCAUUCGCUAGUGUUGCCACUGCUGCUAAUGUGCUUGCCAUCACUCUUGACCGCUACGACAUCUCAGUCAAACCAGCCAACCGGGUGCUGACAAUGGGCCGUGCCCUGGCCCUGCUCGCUGUCAUUUGGGUGCUAGCCUUUGUUAGUUUUCUUGUACCCUUUAUUGAGGUGGGCUUCUUUGCCCAAGGCCAUUCAGAGCUGAACCAAACACUGGUGGAAAAUGUGGUUCACACUAACCAGUACUACACAGAACUUGGCCUCUAUUACCACUUACUUGCUCAGAUUCCUAUUUUCUUCUUUACUGCUGUUGUUAUGCUCAUCACCUACUCAAAGAUCCUGCAAGCACUCAAUAUUCGUAUUGGCACACGUUUCCAUGCUUCACAGAAGAAAAAGGCUCGCAGAAAAAAGCGUCCAUCCAUGACAGCCAUGACAACACAGCAGGAAACCACAGAUGGAUCCCAGAGUAGUGGCAGUCGCAACACAACACUGGGCAUGCGUACCUCUGUCUCUGUAAUUAUUGCCUUGCGCAGGGCUGUUAAACGCCACAGAGAAAGACGAGAGCGUCAAAAAAGAGUUUUCAGGAUGUCCUUGCUGAUUGUGUCUACGUUUCUUUUGUGCUGGACACCCAUCACAGUACUCAACACAGUCAUUCUGAGUGUGGGACCCAGCGACCUCAUGGUCAAGUUAAGACUGGGCUUCCUGGUCAUGGCUUAUGGGACUACUAUAUUCCACCCUCUACUCUAUGCUUUCACUAGGCAGAAGUUCCAGAAAGUCUUGAAAAGCAAGAUGAAAAAGAGGGUGGUGUCCAUCAUUGAAGCAGAUCCUACCCCUAAUAAUGCUAUUAUCCACAAUUCCUGGAUUGACCCAAAGAGGAACAAAAAGGUGACAUUUGAUGACAAAGAUGCCCGACAAAAAUGUUUAUCUUCUGAAGACGUGGAGUGAAGGAACUCAUUAUCUUUAGGGUAUACAGUUAUUAAAAGCAGCUACAACUGAUAUCAGGUCAUGAUGAAAAAGGGAAAAUGUUAAUCCAAAGCAGAUAUGUAAAUAAUACAUGUAAUGGAAUGUACAAAAACAAGAGAUGGAUAAUUUAUUACUAUUUAUUGACAACAAAAGUAGGUUUCAUAGAUGUACCAUAUACUGUACUGUAGAUAUUGCAUGGCUUUGCAACACACAGUACAUUGUGUAUAUACCUAAUACAUGUACAGCAUAGGGUAAACAAGGUAUAUAAAUAGAGAGAAAAGUAGGACUUGUUAUGUAUAUUUAUAAUAAAUCUUGUGUUCACUUACCUAACACAGCAAACGGCUUCCUAUUCUCCCCUCCCCCGGGUAAAGUGUUUGUGAUUCUGUAACAGCUGUGAGAUUACUCCCAUUCAUCACCAUGCCACUUGCUCCAACACCAGACUCUGCAGUCCCCAUUGACCACUGACCUUAUUACCUGGGAGUCCUCAGAGGGAAGGCCCUUAGACUGAAAUAAGUCUACAAGUACAGGGUAUGCAACAAUGACAGACAAGUCAAAUGUGAAGAAACAGAAAUGUUCCUAUAUCAUAAAAGUUAUGAUGGUAACACAAUGACUACCUUUAGAGUUACAGAAGACCACUCACAUUCAUUAGACACUACACAAGUGUAUUGUCUUGUUUGACAUAAACCAGAUGUAAUCCAAACCUAGACUGUUUCACUUUAACUAUCUCCUCUUUGAGCCAAAUGGAAAAUCUACAGUUGCCUUACACUGGUAUGAUAAAUUGAGCAUGAUUGUAUGGUGGGCCAGGGACUGCGACAAGAGGAGCACGUAUUGAAAUUCUGAAAGGUAACAGAUUUCCCAGAUGGUAUGUUUUCAUAUGGAUGCUAUUUAAUCAAACUAAAAGAAAAUGUUGAAAAUAGUUGUAUUAUUACAAUGUUUGUUUUUAACACCACUAGCAACAAUGCUCUCUAAAUAAACAAAUCCAUUACUGCAAUAAAGAACUACUGCAAAAAUCUUAAGGCAUAAUAAAAGAUUCUAUUUACAAUACAAAAUAACAGAUAAUGAAGUUAUUUCCUGCCUGUGUGUAUUUACCAAUAGUGCAUGCCCUAUUUUGUCUGUCAACGAGUAAGACUGUGAAACUGUAUUUCCUAAGUGGCUAUUGCUGGCAGAUGAUAAUGCAGCCAGCCUUGUAUUUUAAUCUCAAAUUGAAUAAAGAUUGCCCAGAAUAAGUAGGGAUAAUUUAUUCAUACAGCUGCAGAAGAAUUUCAGCUGUAAUAAUCAUCAAGAAAACAAAAGUCACCUUAUUACAGUCAGUCUACACUAACAGGGAAACGAGAUACAACGUUACAAAGGCAUUAGCAUAUCAAGCCAUGCUCAGCUAGCCUGGCAGCCCACUUCAUUACAAUCCAAUACAAGAGGUGGGUAUAUACACAGUGUAUUGAUGCAGAAAUGUACACAUACAAAAACUGAAGAGCCCUUUAGAUCCUGACAGCACAGGGCUAUUGGUUACCAUAACAAUUACUCAACCUUAAUUUAAUGCUUCUCAGGCUGUCAGUGUGUGUUUUGAAGCACAACAGAGAGCACUGUUAUGGGAAUAUUGUUGCAGGCAAGGUUCUUUAUGACCCUGCUGUAAACAGGCAGUGUGGAUGUCACAGUGCCUAGAGGGCAGGUCUGUGAUUGAGAGUGGAAAAAGGAUCACAACCAACAACAGGUCAGCUGACAGGGAGGGAAAAUGACCUAUGAGAUGAAACACUGAGCCAGAGGAUACAUUUAACACACUAAGCUAUGCGAGUACAAAAAGAUGGGCUAUCAAUAUAUAAACAUAUAGACUUAUUUGCACUAGCACUAUAAAGUGAACAACUGCUCAAGUGUCAGGUACUAUUCCCAGCUUGAUUAGUGCUACUGGAUAACGUCAUUUGUAUUGAUUACCUUCUAAAAUUACCUCUCAAAGAUCAAUACUAUUUACGCCAACAAUUUGUUUUCCAUCCUUCGGUACAGUCACACUGACAAAAAAACAAAAAGGUCCGUCAAGCCCAACUAACAUAGGAUAAUGUUCUGACUGAAUUGCCAUUUUGUUAACACUCCCGUUAUUUGGUCAGACAUUCACUUUUUGUUGGUCAUUUUCUGUUUGGGAGGAGGGUAUUUUGUUCUCACUAUCACAGUGGCUGGUGUAUCUGUUCACUUCAUGUUAUUUUUAGCUGACACAGAAUCAGCACAAGUACUGGGAAGGAGAAGUUAGC